CAAUAUCCCGGGGGUCUUUGAGCUAUUUUUGAACAGAUGUGCAGCUAGCUGAAUUUUACUACCCGCACUUUGACCUACGUUUGGGUGAAGUCUGUGUGGGACCAACUGACGAGGCCAUCCGCCAACACCUGAAGUAAGGAUCACACAUGGCGUCCGCGCAAACAUCUGAGAUUUAAAACCCACUUGCUACCGCAGGUGGCUUGAGGCCGAAGCAGUCCCCAUGUACGUUGAGAGCUGAGGCACAGAAAGUUGGACCAGCUACCGGCGUACUGUAAAAAUGAAGCGGGACGGUAACAUUGAAAGUCCGCCGAAUGGUGGGUACGGCUGGGUGGUGUGUUUCGCGGCGUUUUGGACCUCAGGUGUGGUUUUCGGCAUCCAGAACAAUUUCUCGGUGACGUACGUCGCUAUUCUGGACUCCUUUCCCGGUGCCGACGCCUUCCGUACAGCCUGGAUUGGUUCUCUCAACUGGGGCCUGCAGCACCUGUGUAGUCCGCUAGCCGGCAUUCUUGUGGACAAGAUAGGGUGCCGGAAGACGUCUGCUCUGGGCGCUGUGCUGAUCUUCACGGGCCUCAUGACGAGUUCCUUCGCCUCUCGUCUGGAGAUUCUCUACGUCACCUUCGGUAUCAUCACGGGUACAGGCAUGGCCAUUAGUAACGUGUCGGCUAUCACUAUAUUGGGACACUACUUCACCACAAAGCUAGGACUAGUCAACGGGUUUGCGACUACGGGAAGUUGCGUCUUCACUGCAAGCCUACCUUACGUCUUAAACGCCCUACUACGUCAAGUCGGACUUUUCAACACCUUCCGAUGCUUAAGUGUACUGGGAGCAUCUCUACUGUUCUGUGCGUUGUCUUUCAAGACGAUUCCUCAUGAUUUAGACUUACAUAGCGAUCCUGAGAGAAAAGUUAAACUGGAUCUAGAAGACCACCAGGACGAAAAGAUGCCUCUGCGAUCUGUGGAGAACAGAGGACGAUUCGUACACCGCGCGAAAAGCAUCAUGAACGUGCGAAUAUGGAAGAAUAAAGCCUUCGUUGUAUGGUGUGCUGGGUGCGCGUGCGCACUGACGACAUACUACGUACCCCACGUCUUCAUUGUGAAGCAUGCGUCCCUGAUCCUGCCGACAUACAACCACGAGGUGCUGGUGACGUGUAUCGGGGCGUCCUCCUGGGCCGGCCGCAUGUUCUGGGGGAGGAUCGGAGACUUCCCCACCGUCAGGAGAGUCAGACUACAUCAGAUGGCCUUCUUCGUGUCAGGACUCUGCAGCACGUUAGUUCCCGUCGCCACCCAUUUUGCGGCACUCGCUACCCUUACUGUCGUCAUCGGUUUCUUUGACGGGGCGUACAUCAGCCUGAUAGGCGCCAUCGUGUACGACAUGUUCGGGCGGAGGGACGCGUCACAGGCCAUCGGCUUCAACUACGGGGUCUGCGCCAUUCCGCUAAUCAUCGGCAUGCCGCUAGCUGGGUUCAUCUAUGACGCACAGCUGUCCUACCAGGGAACGUACUUCUUCGCAGGGGGUCCCAUGAUUCUCGGGGCCUGCAUACUAUUCCUCAUUCCUAAGGACAACCAGUCAGAACUGGACAUGACAACGACGGCAGAUAGCGAGAAGACACCGCUGAGCUCCAUUGAAGAAUACGGCGGAACCUACUCAGUGAAGGGUUACAAUAAUAAUAAGAAGGGACACGGCGAGCAUGCCAAAUAUGUGCUUAUUACAUCUUCCGGGGACGACUAUGAAGUCAUCUAUGACAGGAUAUCUUCGGUAUAGUUUUUAUACAAUUUUAGAAAUAUGGAAUGGUGCACUG